AUGGGUUACAAGAAAAAUAGCUAUUGCAGUCAAGGUAUAAGACGAGGUUCUGCAGUCCUGCUCUUUAGUCUGAUUUUAUCAUAUUUUUUAACAGAUGUACAGUCGUGUGCCCAAGUAAAACUAUGUGAUCCUAACUACACCACAGACGGCGAAUACUGGCUAUACCCUGCGAUAUACAACUAUAGACCGGUAAAGAUUUAUUGUAAAGGCAUGAAUACACCAACUCCGUCCGAAUAUCUGACAUUAUUUGAAACAAACCUCUUCAUGUACCAAAACAAUCGCUAUACAGAUGGCACAUCAUGCUCUAUGGAAACUUACGAACAUGAAAAUUCAGGUCGAACACUAUAUAACAAAAUUGGUGUAGAUAUAAGGACGAUGACUAUCAUUGAAACGGAUUCUAACUUCACUACUCAAAUCCAGGGAAAGGUAGUUAGGUAUGGUUGGGUACAAUCGUGCUCAGGAUAUACAUCAAGCUGUGAUUACAAAGGGGUAGCUGGCAUGAGCGUAGCUGAUACUGGUCUUAUAUUUAGUGGAAUGAAUGAAUGGAUUAAAUUCGGAACUGAUGGUGAAUUUUCAACAGUACUAAGAAAUGACCACACGAUUGCGUUGAAGGGCGAUGGUGCAUGUGGCGGCGGGAAGCCGAAAUAUCCAAUCAAAUUAGAAACCGAUCCAUCGUUCAGUAAGUUAUGUACAGUAGUUUAA